AUGGUGGGCGUCAACAGCAGUGACUCCAGCGCCACGUACUUCAUCUUAAUAGGCCUCCCAGGACUAGAAGAGGCUCAGUUUUGGUUGGCUUUCCCAUUGUGCUCCCUCUACCUUAUCGCUGUGCUAGGCAACUUGACAAUCAUCUACAUUGUGAGGACAGAGCACAGCCUACAUGAACCGAUGUAUAUCUUUCUUUGUAUGCUCUCUGGCCUGGACAUCCUUAUUUCCACCUCAUCCAUGCCAAAAAUGAUGGCCAUUUUUUGGUUCAAUUCCACUACCAUCCAGUUUGAUGCUUGUCUGGUACAGAUGUUUGCCAUCCAUUCCCUGUCUGGCAUGGAGUCCACAGUGCUGUUGGCCAUGGCCUUUGAUCGCUAUGUGGCCAUUUGUCAUCCUCUACGCCAUGCCACUGUGCUCACAUUGCCUCGAGUUGCCAAGAUUGGUAUGGCUGCUGUGGUCAGGGGUGCUGCGCUGAUGGCACCCUUACCUGUCUUCAUCAAAAGGUUGCCUUUCUGUGAUUCCAAUAUCCUUUCUCAUUCCUACUGCCUACACCAAGAUGUGAUGAAGCUGGCAUGUGCUGACAUCCGUGUCAAUGUCAUUUACGGACUCAUUGUCAUCAUCUCCGCCAUUGGCUUGGACUCACUUCUCAUCUCCUUCUCAUAUUUGCUCAUCCUUAAGACUGUGUUGGGCUUGACACGUGAGGCUCAGGCAAAAGCUUUUGGCACGUGUGUGUCUCACGUGUGUGCUGUCUUCAUAUUCUAUGUGCCUUUCAUUGGAUUGUCAAUGGUGCACCGUUUCAGCAAGAGGCGUGACUCUCUGCUGCCUGUCAUUAUGGCCAACACAUAUCUGCUGGUUCCUCCUGUGCUCAACCCCAUUGUCUAUGGAGUAAAGACAAAGGAGAUCCGGCAGCGCAUCCUGCGUCUUUUUCUUACGAUCACACACACUUCAGAUCACUAA